AUGGGACUGUGUGACAUGACAGUACAAGCACCAACUAGAAGUUGUCUGAGUGUGGUACCAAAGAACUAUCAGCGUAUCCUAGCCUUGGUAUUUGCAGUCAAUGAGAUCAACGAACAUCCAACAGUUUUACCUAAUGUCACCUUAGGAUUCGACAUCUAUGAGAGCUAUAGCAAUCCACACAUGAAUUAUAAGACCAUACUGGAACUGAUUUCUAGUCAGCACAGAAGUGUUAUCAACUACAAAUGUGAUGUCCGGAACAAUUUGAUAGCUGUCAUUGGAGAGGUAUUUCCUGGGAGCAGCUUUAACAUGGCCACCAUAACAAACAUCUACAAGAUUCCAGAGUUCAAAAUUGGCUCCCUUCACCCAAAGCUUACUGAGAAAAAAAUAUUCCAUUCCUUGUAUCAGAUGGCACCAAAUAGCAUCCAUGAGUACACUGGCAUGGUUCAGUUAUUACGUCAUUUCAGAUGGACGUGGGUUGGGAUCUUUACUGUGGAUUAUGAUGUUGGAGAAAGAUUUUUACAAGAAUUAGUGCCACGGCUUUCCCUGAACAAGAUUUGCUUGGCUUUUAUAGUUAAAAUGCACACGAUGACUUUUGUUGAUGGAAUAUCAGAAUACCAUUCUGAAUUUAAUAAAAUUUCAGGUGUCAUUGAAAGCAAAGCCAAUGUAUUUCUUGUCUAUGGUGUUACUAUAGUAAUGGAUAUUCUGAAUUGCUAUUACCAUAUAGCCUUUCUUCAUUCACCCAUAGGUAAGCUCCACCACUUCUUAAAGACUGUUUCAUUCAACAACAGUGCUGGCGAGACAAUAUAUUUUGGAGAAAAACAAGAAUUAAUUAGGGGAUUUGAUGUUACAAACUGGGUAACUUUCCAAAAUCAGUCUUUUGUUAGAGUCAAAGUUGGAAAGCUAGAUACUCAGGCUUCUCCAGGAAAAGAAUUAACAAUUCAGGAUGAAAAAAUUGUGUGGCACAAAAAAUUUAACCAGGUACUUCCUGUUUCUCUAUGCAAUGAAAAAUGCUAUCCUGGUUACAGCAAGAAAAAGAAGGAAGGAAAACCAUUUUGCUGUUAUGAUUGUGUUCGAUGUCCAGAAGGGAAGAUUUCACAAGAGAAGGAUAUGGGUGACUGCAGUGAAUGUCCAGAGGAUCACUAUGCAAACUUCAACCAAAACCAAUGCAUUCCCAAGGUUAUAACCUACCUGUCAUAUCAAGACCCAUUGGGGAUCACUUUAGCCUUGUCUGCUAUAGCUUUUGCUCUAAUCACCAUUUUGGUGAUGGCAAUAUUUUUGAAGAACUGGGAAACCCCUGUCGUCAAAGCCAGCAACCCACACCUCACUUUCAUUCUUCUUCUAUCUCUCCUUCUUUGUUUCCUCUGCUCCUUGCUUUUUAUUGGUCAGCCUAAAACGGCGAUCUGCCUACUACGGCAAAUAGUUUUUGGCAUUGUUUUUGUUGUGGCCCUUUCUUGUGUGUUGGCCAAAACUGUGACUGUAGUUCUGGCAUUUAUGGCUAGCAAACCCGGAUCCAAAAUGAGAAAAUGGGUAGGGGGAAGGCUGACAAAAUCUAUUAUUCUUUUCUGUUCCUCUAUUCAAAUCAAAAUGUGUGCUAUUUGGUUAAGUAUUUCUCCACCGUACCCAGAUGUAGACAUGCAUUCACUGAGUUGUAAAAUCAUAGCAGAAUGCAAUGAAGGCUCCUUGAUUAUGUUUUACUGUGUCUUGGGCUAUAUUGGCUUCCUUGCCAUUAUCAGCUUCUCUGUGGCUUACCCAACUAGAAAGUUACCUCACAGUUUCAAUGAAGCCAAGUUUAUUACUUUUAGCAUCUUGGUCUUCUGCAGUGUCUGGUUGUCCUUUAUUCUAGCGUAUGUGAGCACAAAAGGGAAAUAUAUAGUGGCUGUGGAGAUCUUCUCUAUCUUGAUCUCCAGUGCUGGUUUACUUAUUGGCAUCUUUUGUCCUAAACUCUACAUCAUUCUGUUCAGGCCUGACUUGAAUAACAAAAAGCUAUUAAUUAGGAGAAAAAAAUAA